GUUUCAAGUGUUCAACACAGUUGUGUGUUUGUCGCAUGUAAAGUGUGUCUGUCGUUCUCGUGAGUGAAAUGGCAGAAGGUUUUUCAGAGGAUGAGUUCAUGUGUUCAGUGUGUCUGGAUCUACUGAAGGAUCCAGUGACUGUUCCCUGUGGACACACUUACUGUAUGAGAUGUAUCACAGACUGCUGGAAUCAAGAAGAUCAGAUGAGAAUCUACAGCUGUCCUCAGUGCAGACAAACCUUCAGUCCAAGACCUGUUUUAGCCCGGAACAUGAUGGUUGUUAAAAUGGUGGAGAAACUGAAGAAGACCAAACUUUCUGAUCACUGUGAUGCUGGCGCUGGGGAUGUGGUGUGUGACGUCUGUACUGAGAGAAAACACAAAGCCAUCAAAUCCUGUCUGCUGUGUCUCAACUCUUACUGUCAAACUCAUCUUGAGCAACAUGAGAAUCUCUUCAGAGGCAGAAGACACAACCUGAUAGAUCCCACCAGACGACUGCAGGAGAUGAUCUGCCCUUUACACGAUAAAGUGAUAGAGAUUUACUGUAUUCAGUGUCAGAGAUGUAUCUGUUUGUUGUGUUUGGAUGAACACAGAAAUCAUGACACUGCAUCAAUUUCAGCAGCAAACACAGAGAAACGGAGUCACUUGGUAGAAACACAGAAUAAACUCCAGCAGAAGAUCCAGAGGAGAGAGAAAUAUCUUCAGAAGCUCAGAGACACUGUGGACUCUCAUAAGCGGUGUGCACAGUCAGCACUGGAGGACUGUACGAAGACGUUCACUGAACUGAUGUCUGAGGUGACAGAGCUGAUCAGAGAUCAGGAGAAGACUGCAUUAGCUUCAGCUGAAGGACUUGCGGAGAGAGUCAAGCAGGAGAUUGAAGAUCUGAGGAGAACAAACACUGAGCUGGAGAAGAUUUCACAAACACAAGAUCACGUUCAGUUUCUCCAGAGUUUCCAGUGUCUCUCUGUCUCUGGAUCAACAGAACACAUCAGUGUCUCUUCUGACGUCUCUUUUGAUGAUGUUGUGAAAUCUGUGUCUCGAUUCAGAGAGAAACUGCAGCGUUUCUGCAGAGAGGAGAUCCACAAGAUUUCUGUGACAAGCAUCAUGGUCCCUGAACCCAAAAGCAGGAGGGAAUUCCUACAAUAUUUCCGUCAGUUCACACUGGAUCCAAACACAGUGAAUUAUUACCUCAGACUGUCUGAUGGACGCCGAGCGGCUGCAGUCAUUGAUUCACCCCAUAAGUAUCCAGAUCAUCCAGACAGAUUUGAGAGCUGGAUGAACGUGUUGUGCAAAGAGAGUGUGAGUGAACACUGUUACUGGGAGGUGGAGUGGGAAGGGAAUGGAAUGUUGGGUGUAUCUAUAGCAGUGGUAUAUAAGAGCUUCAGUAGAAAAGGAGUCGGUCUGGAGAGUGCAGCUGGACGUAAUGAUCAAUCCUGGAAUUUUUUCUGCUCUCCACACCAUUAUUCAUUCAUUCAUAAUAAUUCAGAGAUGCUUGUUUCUCUUCUCCCGAGUUCUUCUAGAGUAGGAGUGUAUGUGGAUCACAGUGCAGGAUUUCUGUCCUUCUACAGCGUCUCAAAAGACACGAUGAGUCUCAUCCACACAGUUCAAACCACAUUCACUCAACCUCUCUAUCCUAUGUUUGGAUUAGAUAGACACUCAUCAUUCAGACUGGUCGUCUAACAGAAUAAAUGAUAAACAGGGUAAAUGAAUAUUCCAUCACAGUUUAUUCUCUAAUUAAAACAUCUAAUGUCAUGUGUAGAAAAUACACUCUCAGGACAAAGAUAUGAUAUCAGAAUUAUAAGGAGAUCAGAUGUGUUUUAUAGAGUUCCCAUUACACCAGAUGCACUGAGCCUCAUUUAUAAAAAGUGCUUAUACACACAGAUUAAGAAAUAAAUAGAUAAAUGCAUUCAGAAAUGUAUAAAUAAUGAAAUCAAUAAAUAAAUGAAUGAAUACAUAAUUGUGUAGA